AUGCCGAGCCUGCCGGGCCAUCAGCGCAAUGUGUCACAAGGUCAACAUGUAAGUUUUCUAUCAGUUUCUGCAAAAUGAGCAAAGGGACGAGCGACAUCGAGUCUUUUGUACCCGGCUCCUACAAAAAGCAUCAAAACAAACGACGCCGCCUCUUCUUUUCUUUUCACCGUCUUUCUCUUUCUAAUCCACCCCUUUUUCUCCGCGUUCCGAGCUGAAAACGGCACAGACUCACCUACUCAAUAAUUCAUUUCUGUAGAAAACCCACUGCAAAACAUCGGGAGAAAAGGGCGUGCUUGAGUGCCAGUUUCUCGAAAAUUCAUGUAAAAUUGAGGAAAAUGAUAGACGGCAUUCCGUUUCUGCUCCCACCUCUCCCUCACACUUUCUGCUUGUAGCUCAUCGUCGAUCGGACCGAAUCAGACGAGGAAGACGUGGAAAAGACGGCCGGGCGAGCAGCAGCAGAAGUCCGUGCGCACGAGACGAUUUCGAUGGAGAACGAAGACGCGCCGUACGGAAACGGAGGCGUUUACCCGGGAUCCAGCCCUCCGUUCACUCCCAGUCGACCUCAAGACAACAAAUCCACGUGAGUACUUCAAAAUUUUUGCGAAGUCAAUCAUCUUUUGUACUAGCAGAGGUCUGUGCAGCCCGCAACUGCGCUCGAAUAUAAAAGUGAUAAUCGGAUCGAUAGUCUUGACCGCCGUCGGAGCAGUUCUUCUCGUCAUCGGUUGUUGGGUGGCCAUGAAUCCAGACGAAGGUCCGUUCCCGCUUUCCCUCGCCAUCACCUCCCCAACAAUUCAUCAUUUCAGUGCACUCCGGAAUGCAGCACUGGGUGUUCUUCUUCGCCGGACUCGUCUGCUUCAUUCCGGGCUUCUACCACGUCUACUACGUGACGUGUACUCUCUGCGGCCGUCCCGGCUAUUCGUUCGACAAACUUCCCACUUUCAAUCGAUAG